AUGGCUCAUUCUACAAAUUCUGAUUCUGAUUUUGUAUCAACAGCUGUUCCAAAUGAUGAAUCUGAUGAAGAAAUCUAUGUAAAAAAGAGAACCGGCGAUAGAAAAUAUCUUAAAGGAGUGACAAAGAUUAAAGAAGCAAAAAGGAAGAGGAAUAGUGGGGACAAUCGUGCAGCAAUAAAGAAGCAAAAAACCGUCAAAGAGCAAAAGACUGUGAAAGAUAUAUUGAAGGAGUUGCCUUCAAUAAACACUAGAUCGACACCUGGAUUGACGACAGAUGUUGUAAGUUAUUUGACAUCAGAACAAAAAGAUUGGGUGAAACGGAUGGGAUUUAAAGCAUUUUUGAAGAUCAAAAUUAAGAUUACUCCCUUAAAACUUUGCCAUUUUGUGCUUGAGCAUUAUGAUGAAGGCACAAACAGUAUUCUGAUCAAAGGAAAAAGAAUAAAUAUCACAAAGGAAAAAAUUCAUAAAGUGUUUGGUUUACUCAAAACUGGAAAAAGCUUAUUUGACUUGGACAUGGUUAGCGAAGAUCAUCAAGUGUUUGAUGGAUGGAUGAAGGAACUUGAAGGUGGAAAGGAACAUGCAACAAACUACAAGAAGAUUAUUCAAAAAUCCGAACAAGUGGAUAUGAAUUUCAAGCUGGGUUUCAUAGCUUUAUUUGUUAAUACGUUUGCAGAAUCCAUUCCUAUGGGGACAAACAACUUAGUUCCAGUUAGAGCACUAGUUGAAGUAGAUGACAUUUCUAAAAUCGAUUGGUGUGCGUCUUUGUUGUACUGUGUGAAAAAUUCAAAAGGGAUAUGGCGUCCAGACAACCCCAAGUGUUAUUACAGAGGCCCGAUGUUGUUGCUAUUGCUAAUUUACUGUGAUGAAAUUGAAUGCAAGCUCCAAAAAAACAAAUGUAAAACACCAUUAGUUACGAUGUGGACAGCAGAUAAGUUGAAGGAAAGACAAUCUUUUGAGAUUGAAGCUGGUGGAUUUGGGGUUGGAAAUCUAAUUGAACAAAGUUCAAAUUUAGAACGUGAAAAGAAUGAGAAUCAGGACACACGUAUUGAGAAACUAUUAAGGAGAGAACUGAAGUCAACCGCAGAUAGAGAUGAAGAACUUAAUAAAACAAACAUUUCUGAUUUUGAUGAUGAUAAAGAUGAAGGAAUGAAUACAAAGUUGGUUGCAUUUUUAGCUGUUAAACCAUUACAACAGAAGUUUCCAGAUAAUGAAGAAAGACAAGAAGAUGAUCAAGAUAUGAAUGUUGACGACCCAAUAAAUUUGGGUUUAGAGAAUAAUAUUGGCGAGGAAACGAUUAGACAUCCGCACAAUCCAGAAAGACAAAUAGAAUUUGAAUGCAUAAAUGUUGAUGACAAAAUAAAUUUGGCUUUAGAGGUGAAUAAUAUAGACGAGACUAUUGGAAAGAAGAAUUUAGAAGAGAAUGUUGAGAGCAAAAAUCUUGUUGAGGGUGGUGAAAUGAUUGGUGGGGAGAAGAUUAGGGAGGGGAAUAUUGUAGAGAAGGUGGUUGGAGACAAUAUAGAAACUGGUGAUAAUUCUGAGGGUAAUGAUGAAGAUGGAGAGUUAGAAGGGAAUGAAGAGCAUAUUUUAGAUGAGAAAAGGAAAAAGGGUCAGAAUGUGAAUGAAAGAGGGAAAAGGAAGGUGACUAAUCCAGAUUUUUUUAGAUCACCUUUUGUGAAUAGGGUAAUUGACUUAAGUGAAAAAGUCAGUACUAGGCAAGAGAUAAUGGCACAAAUCAUGUUUAGAUGCGUUGGAGACAAAGAUCCAAUGGAAAUGCUGUUUGAAACCGAGUCUGGAGACAUAAUGGAUAGGGUGCAUUUUGAGGGUAUGCGUCCAAAUCAUAAGACACAUCCUUUCCUUAUUGAUUGUUGGGCUGCUGUUCUUAAUUUUGAAGAAGAAAACCUGAGAAACAAAAAAUCACCACCACGUGUCUUCUUCAACACUCAAAUUAUGCCACAUGGAAAAUACAUGGGUGAGAAAGAAGAAAAGUGGGAUGUGGAACUGGGAGAAGAAAGUGUUAGGACAUCUAAGAAGAUUGCAAAGUUGCGUACAUUUUAUGUUGCUAAGCUAGCAAACCAUCAAAUUAACAAGCAGAGAAAAUUGAAUGUUGCAGAAGCAUUGGAAUUUUCAAAACUUGAUAAGAAAACUAGGUGUAUGUCGGUGAAAGAAGGGAGUGAAGCAAGAGACAAUCUGGAAAUGAAGAAAGUUUGA